AUGUCGGAAGAAGCCUUCGACCCGUUCACCCAGAACGUAACCUUCUUCGCCCCCGAUGGCAAGACGGAAAUCAGCAUCCCUCUAGUUGCCAUUGACGAGAUGCGUCACAGGAUGGUCAGCAUGACUAUCAACUAUGCUGCACAACUCGGAGCCUGUCUCAUCAUGCUGGUCGUGAUCCUCGUCAUGGUCCCCAAGGAAAGGUUCCGAAGGCCCUUCAUGAUUCUCCAGGUCAUCAGUCUUGUCCUUGCCUCCUGUCGAAUGCUAUUGCUUAGCAUCUUCCACUCAUCGCAAUUUCUCGACUUUUACGUUUUCUGGGGCGACGACCAUAGUCGCAUUCCUCGCAGCGCUUACGCUCCCUCUGUGGCCGGCAACACCAUGUCUCUCUGUCUCGUCAUCUCUAUUGAGUCAAUGCUCAUGAGCCAGGCGUGGACAAUGGUCCGACUGUGGCCCAACGUGUGGAAGUACAUCAUUGCUGGGAUGUCACUCGUUGUGUAUAUCAUGGCUAUCAGUGUUAGGCUCGCAAACACCAUCAUUCAGAACAACGCAGUUCUCACGCUGGAGCCGGCGUACCACAUGUUUUGGCUCAUUAAGUGGGCAGUCAUCAUGAACGUUGCCUCUAUCUCAUGGUGGUGUGCUAUCUUCAACAUCAAGCUCAUCUGGCAUCUCAUCUCGAACCGAGGCAUCCUCCCGUCCUACAAGACAUUCAGUCCCAUGGAAGUUCUCGUCAUGACCAACGGUAUCUUGAUGUUCAUUCCAGUCAUUUUUGCUUCACUCGAAUGGGCUCACUUCGUAAAUUUUGAGUCAGCAUCCCUCACUCUCACAUCCGUCGCCGUGAUUCUCCCACUAGGCACUCUCGCCGCCCAGCGUAUCGCCGGCAGCGCUCCCAACAGCGCCAACUCAUCCGGUGCCUCAAGCGGAGCCCGCUACGGCAUCAGCGGACCCAGCUCCUUCACAGGCUUCAAAGCACCCAGCUUUAGUACUGGCACCACUGACAGACCUCACGUCUCGAUCUACGCCCGCUGUGAGGCCGGUACAUCAUCUCGCGAGCACAUCAAUCCUCAAGACGUGGAGCUCGCCAAGAUAGACGCCGAGACUGAUCACCAUGUCCGUGUGGACAGAGCCUUUCUUCAACGCGAGGAGCGAAUCCAGCCUCCUCUUUAA